CGGCGGCGGCGGGCGCGGCGCCGGCAGCCGGACGCAAGAUGAUGAAGUUUCGGUUCCGGCGGCAGGGCGCCGACCCGCAGCGCGAGAAGCUCAAGCAGGAGCUCUUCGCCUUCAACAAGACCGUGGAGCAUGGCUUCCCCAACCAGCCCAGCGCCCUGGCCUUUGACCCGGAGCUUCGCAUCAUGGCCAUCGGCACCAGGUCUGGGGCCGUCAAGAUCUACGGUGCACCUGGCGUGGAGUUUACCGGCCUACACCGAGACACGGCCACUGUUACCCAGAUGCACUUCCUGCCUGGCCAGGGCCGCCUCCUGACCCUGUUGGACGACAGCAGCCUGCAUCUCUGGGAGAUCGUCCACCACAAUGGCUGCGCCCACCUGGAGGAAGCACUCAGCUUCCAGCCACCCAGUCGGCCGGGCUUUGACUGUGCCAGUGGCCCGCUCAGCCUCGCCCGUGUCACGGUGGUCUUGCUGUUGGCAGCCGGUGACCUGGCGGCCCUGGGCACCGAGGGCGGCAGCGUCUUCUUCCUGGACGUGCCCACCUUGACGCUGCUCGAGGGGCAGACUCUUGCCCCGGACGACGUUCUUCGAAGCGUGCCAGACGACUACCGGUGUGGGAAGGCGCUGGGCCCCGUGGAGUCACUCCAAGGACACCUGCGGGACCCCACCAAGAUCCUCAUCGGCUACAGCCGGGGCCUGCUGGUCAUCUGGAACAGGGCGGCGCAGUGCGCGGACCGUGUCUUCCUGGGGAACCAGCAGCUGGAGAGCCUGUGCUGGGAGCGCAGCGGCAACACGCUGGUCAGCUCGCACAGUGACGGCAGCUACGCCGUCUGGUCUGCGGGUGCCGGCGGCUCCCCCGUGACACAGCCCACGGUAGCCACCACGCCCUACGGCCCCUUCCCCUGCAAAGCCAUUAACAAGAUUCUGUGGCGAAACUGUGCAUCUGGGGACCACUUCAUCAUCUUUAGUGGAGGCAUGCCCCGCGCCAGCUACGGUGACCGCCACUGUGUGAGUGUGCUCCGGGCUGAGACUCUGGUGACGCUGGACUUCACCUCCCGCAUCAUCGACUUCUUCACAGUUCACAGCACACGGCCCGAGGACGAGUUCGACGAGCCCCAGGCCCUGGCUGUGUUGCUCGAAGAGGAGCUGGUGGUGCUCGACCUGCAAACGCCUGGCUGGCCUGCUGUGCCUGCCCCCUACCUGGCCCCGCUGCACUCAUCUGCUAUCACCUGCUCGGCACAUGUCGCCAACGUCCCCGCCAAGCUGUGGGCCCGCAUUGUGAGCGCCGGCGAGCAGCAGAGCCCCCAGCCUGCCUCCAGCGCCUCGAGCUGGCCCAUCACCGGGGGCCGGAACCUGGCCCAGGAGCCAUCACAGCGGGGGCUACUGCUGACUGGCCACGAGGACGGCACCGUGCGCUUCUGGGAUGCAUCUGGUGUGGCCUUGCGGCCGCUCUACAAGCUCAGCACAGCUGGCCUCUUCCAGACAGACUGCGAGCACGCUGACAGCCUGGCCCAGGCCGCUGAGGACGACUGGCCGCCCUUUCGCAAGGUGGGCUGCUUUGACCCCUAUAGCGACGAUCCUCGGCUCGGCGUGCAGAAGGUGGCGCUCUGCAAGUACACAGCCCAGAUGGUGGUGGCUGGCACUGCAGGCCAGGUGCUGGUGCUGGAGCUAAGUGAUGUGCCAUCAGAACAGGCGGUCAGCGUGGCCAGUGUGGACCUCCUCCAGGACCGAGAGGGCUUCACGUGGAAGGGCCACGAGCGGCUGAGUCCGCGCACAGGGCCACUGCCGUGGCCUGCUGGCUUCCAGCCCCGAGUGCUGGUUCAGUGCCUGCCACCAGCUGCUGUCACCGCUGUCACGCUCCAUGCCGAGUGGAGCCUCGUGGCCUUCGGUACCAGUCAUGGCUUUGGCCUCUUCGACUACCAGCGCAAGAGCCCUGUGCUGGCCAGGUGCACCCUGCACCCCAACGACUCCCUGGCCAUGGAAGGGCCGCUGUCCCGGGUGAAGUCGCUCAAGAAGUCUCUGCGCCAGUCUUUCCGGCGCAUCCGCAAAAGCCGAGUCUCGGGCAAGAAGCGGGCCGCUAAUGCCAACAGCAAGUUGCAGGAGGCCAAUGCGCAGCUGGCCGAGCAGGCCUGCCCCCACGACGUGGAGAUGACCCCCGUGCAGCGCCGCAUUGAGCCCCGCUCUGCCGACGACUCCCUCUCGGGUGUUGUUCGCUGCCUCUACUUCGCUGACACGUUCCUUCGAGAUGCGGCCCAUCAUGGACCCACCAUGUGGGCAGGCACCAACUCGGGGUCCGUGUUUGCCUACGCGCUGGAGGUGCCGGCGGCCGCGGCAGGUGGCGAGAAGCGACCCGAGCGGGCGGUGGAGGCCGUGCUGGGCAAGGAGGUGCAGUUGAUGCACCGUGCACCCGUGGUGGCGAUCGCCGUGUUGGAUGGGCGCGGCCGCCCGCUGCCCGAGCCCUAUGAGGCCUCUCGGGAUCUGGCACAGGCGCCUGACAUGCAGGGCGGCCACGCUGUGCUCAUCGCGUCUGAGGAGCAGUUCAAGGUGUUCACACUACCCAAGGUGAGCGCCAAGACCAAGUUCAAGCUCACGGCCCACGAGGGCUGUCGGGUGCGCAAGGUGGCCCUUGCCACGUUUGCCAGCGUGGCCUGUGAGGACUACGCUGAAACCUGCCUGGCCUGCCUCACCAACUUGGGCGACGUGCACGUCUUCUCGGUGCCUGGCCUGCGGCCCCAGGUACACUACUCCUGUAUCCGGAAGGAGGACAUCAGCGGCAUCGCCUCCUGUGUCUUCACGCGCCACGGCCAGGGUUUUUACCUGAUUUCUCCAUCGGAGUUUGAACGCUUCUCUCUGAGUGCUCGGAACAUCACGGAGCCGCUCUGCUCUCUGGACAUUAGCUGGCCCCGAGAUACCACCCGCACCAGCCACAGGCUCCGAGAGUCGCCCAAGCUGAGCCAGGCUAAUGGGACCCCAGGCGUGGUCCUGGCCCCAGGGAGCCGCGAUGGAAGCCCUGGUCCUGCCCACAGCAAGGGAGCUGACACCCCAGAGCCACCCGAGGCCACGCUCUCGCCCAUGUCCAUUGACUCGGCCACCAGUGCUGACACCACGCUGGACACGACAGGGGACGUCACGGUGGAGGACGUGAAGGAUUUCCUGGGCUCUUCGGAGGAAUCUGAGAAGAAUCUGAGGAACCUGGCCGAAGACGAGGCUCGAGCCUGUGCCAUCCUGAUCAAAUGAGGAAGGCCAGAACUGCUCGGCUACCCACUGCCCUUCUGGGAGCUGGGAUCCAGGACCCCUGGCCCCUCCGCAUAGACCCACACCUGCUAACCUACAGCCUCCAGAGGGACCUGCCCACCUCUGCCCCAGUGCGGUAUGGGGGGGGGUGUGGGCCCGGGACUCAGCCCAGAGCCUCUGGGGUAGAUUCACCUUGGCCGCUCCAGUAGGCAGUUAGCCAUCUGGAAGCCAGGCGCUACAGGGCGAGGACUGCUGGGCCUGGCAAGCCCCAUGCCACCUCCCACUCAGCACACCGUCCUUCCCCACUGCCUUUGCAAAGAAUAUUUUUCUAACGCCUGUGCCGGGCUGGACAGGCAUUUCUAAAACUAUUUUGGUACUUGCUCCUGGGCCAGCACCCACCACUCCCCCCCCCCCCCCCCAAGUCUGUGAUGUGCGCAUAUAUACGACUGGGAGUUCUGCCGGGCACCCAGGACUGGGGGCCCAGUCAGGGUGUGUGUGUGCGUGUGCGAGCGUGCGUGUGCGUGUGUGUACGAGGGUGGGGGGCGGGGAGGUCGGUCAGGAUGGAUUUCCCUGUAGAUUGUACCUUGGGGUUUUUUUUCCUGUCAUUUUGUUAAAAUUAGCGCUGUUUUAAU